GGAGACCAGAUAUAGUGAAUGCAGGGUCCGGGAGACCCUGGAUAUAGUGAAUGCAGGGUCCGGGGGAGAGGGGAUAUAGUGAAUGCAGGGUCCGGGGAGACCGGAUAUAGUGAAUGCAGGGUCCGGGGAGACCGGAUAUAGUGAAUGCAGGGUCCGGGGAGACCGGAUAUAGUGAAUGCAGGGGUCCGGGGAGAGCGGAUAUAGUGAAUGCAGGGUCCGGGGAGAGCGGAUAUAGUGAAUGCAGGGUCCGGGAGAGCGGAUAUAGUGAAUGCAGGGUCCGGGGAGAGCGGAUAUAGUGAAUGCAGGGUCCGGGGAGAGACGGAUAUAGUGAAUGCAGGGUCCGGGGUGAGACCGGAUAUAUAGUGAAUGCAGGGUCCGGGGAGAGGGGAUAUAGUGAAUGCAGGGUCCGGGGAGACCAGGGAUAUAGU